AUGGCUGAUGUUAAUUUUACAGUGGUCACUGAGUUUAUCCUUUUGGGGCUGACAGAUCGUGCUGAACUGAAAGUGUUCCUCUUUGUGUUGUUUCUGCUCAUCUACAUGGUUUCUUUGGUGGGGAAUCUAGGAAUGCUCCUUCUAAUCCACAUAACUCCCAAACUUCAAACACCCAUGUAUCAUUUCCUAAGCUGCCUGUCAUUUGUUGAUGCCUGCUAUUCCUCAGUCUUUGCACCCCAAAUGCUGCUGAACUUCUGUGUUGAAUGGGAUACAAUUUCUUUUUCUGCAUGCAUUGUGCAAUAUUUUUUUUUCGUGUCACUCCUUACCACUGAGGGCUUCUUGCUGGCAGCAAUGGCAUACGACCGCUACAUGGCCAUUGUGAACCCUUUACUUUACACAGUGGCUAUGACGAAAAUAGUUUGUGUUGCCCUGGUCGUUGGAUCAUGUGUAGGAGGUUUAAUCAACUCGCUGACACACACAAUCGGCUUGGUGAAAUUGUCUUUCUGUGGUCCCAAUGUCAUCCAUCACUUCUUCUGCGACCUUCCCCCGCUGUUGACGCUCUCAUGUUCUGACACAUCCAUGAAUGAAUUGUUGCUGUUAAUCUUCUCUGGCGUUAUUGCCAUGAUCACUUUCUUGACUGUGAUGGUCUCCUACAUCUUCAUUGUCGCUGCUAUCCUAAGGAUCCGCUCAGCAGCGGGUAGACACAGAGCCUUCUCUACAUGUGCAUCCCACCUCACAGCUGUGACUUUAUUCUACGGCUCUAUAAGCUUCAGUUACAUUCAACCAAGCUCCCAAUAUUCCUUAGAACAAGAAAAGGUGGUAUCUGUUUUUUAUACCCUUGUAAUUCCUAUGUUAAACCCAUUGAUUUAUAGCCUGAGAAACAAAGAGGUGAAGGAUGCUGUGAAAAGGGCUCUAGAAAUGAAAUGUUUUCCUUAA